CCGCUGCCCGACUGCGAGCACCUUCAAAAAAAGGAAAGCGUGCUCAAAGGACCAAGGCCGGUGGUGGCCUUUCCACCGCGGCACUUCCGCGAGCUCUACAAGAUCUUGGAGAGCCACCAGUUCUCGCCGCUCAACCACGCCAAGCUGCAGCAGCUGUGGCUCAAGGCGCACUACAUCGAGGCCGAGAAGCUGCGCGGCCGGCCCCUGGGUGCUGUGGGCAAGUACCGCGUGCGCCGCAAGUUUCCGCUGCCACGCUCCAUCUGGGACGGCGAGGAGACCAGCUACUGCUUCAAGGAAAAGAGUCGCAGCGUGUUGCGCGAGUGGUACGCGCACAACCCCUACCCCUCCCCGCGGGAGAAGCGGGAGCUGGCGGAGGCCACGGGUCUCACUACCACACAGGUCAGCAACUGGUUCAAGAACCGGCGACAGCGUGACCGGGCAGCCGAGGCCAAGGAAAGGUACGAGUAAGUAGAGCUCCCCUUGGGCUCCAGGGAGGGGGUCGCACGGCGUGGGCUCAACUCCCAGCAGAGGCCUACACCAGGCCCCUAGUCAAAGCCACCACGGCCCAAGUGAAUCCUGGCCUGACCCGGGUGGCGCUGAGAUCUUUAGGGAGACCCAGAGGGCAGGGAUUUGUCUAAAGCGGGCAAAGCCAUUCGGGAAGUUAUUGACUGACGCCCGGGUCGCUUGUGGACAAAAAUGGAGACGCAGUGAGCGUCCAGGCAAAAGCAAGACCGAGACCGUGAUCCUGGGUCGCCUGCAAGCGGGGCUCAGCAGGCAGAGCCUGAGAGUCCUCCAAAGGACUGAGUGGGUUUGGCCUGUUGGGGUUGCUGAUUUCGGGAGGCCUAAGCGAAUUCACUAGCACUUCUAGCACGUCUGCACUUUCCGUGGGCCUUACUCAGUUCUAGGCCCUCUAGCCUGGGAUUGGAACUUCCCUGGUAUGACCUGAAUGCGGAGGGGCCUGGGCAAGAAUUUUCCUUGUCUGGAUAUGAGUUGACAGCGAGAAUCUUUUAACCCGCAUAGAAAGGACAGAGAGGCCAAGAGCUGGUAAGUGUCAGCUCUGGGAGAGAAGAGAAACAUAUGCCCCUUUUUCCGCCUUGUUGGACCCAGCAGCCCUUCCCUGGCCUGCCAUGCCCUGGACCCCUCUCUCCUUGGGUUUUACCCACCCUGGUGGGUAGGUCUAGGUCUAGGGUGAGCUGAGAGUGGCAGAAAGGCUGAGAGUGGCUUGUCCUCAGGGAAACCAAGACUUCCUGAACUAGCCUAACACUGACCUAGGCCCUUGUGGCUGCCAGCCCUGUUGCCCCUCAGAAAUCCAAAUCUGGAGGUGGGAGAGAAACUGAUUGUGGGGGCAGAAUCCAGCCUUAGGGCAACAGCAAAACAAGAUACCUGGGGUUGGUGGCACCCGGUGUAUGUGAGCCAGAGUUUGCAUGAUUAGGGUUAGGUGGGGGUACUGAACAGUGGACCCAGAUCUCUGGAGGGGUGGGGGGGGGCGCUGCUUCAGGGGGACCCUAAUCUCUGAAACCAUGAGGUUAAGGUAUCCACAGUUGUAAGGUAUCAGCUCUGUGGGAAGUUCCCUUCCAGGAAAACAGGAAGAAAGGGCCUUGGGAAGCCCGUGGAGAAAAUCUACCCAAGAUUUCAAAUCUGGCAAAGGAAGGGCAAGGAGGUGGGGUCUCACUGCUAGGGUCCCCUUCCACCCAGACUGGCAUGCGUCCAGACUCCUGAGGAACUUGGUUCUCAGGCCAGGCCCCAGGUGAGGGCCGCAGAGUCCCUCCUUUUCCUGUAUGACCGGAAGGUUUAGGCGCCUUCGUUCUCCUGUCCCCGUUCUCCUACGAGCUGCCCUCCAAGCCCCCAGUUUCCAGUCCCCCAGAGGAAAGUUUUCACUGUGCCACCAGGGAAAGGAGAGUCCUAUAUCUGUAGGGCUUUGUCUCUAGCCCCAGCCAGGAGACCCCUCACCAGGCCUGCCAGUUUGGAGCUGGAGGGAAAGGACUCAGCUCCAGGAACCUGCCCUCAGUGAGGGAUUUCCCUCCAGCAGAGGAAAGGAAAAGGAGAGGAGGGCCUCGGAGGUCCCCAACUUUAAGCGUCUAGUAUCUAGGGCAGUGAUGGCGAACCUUUUGAGCUCGGCAUGUCAGCAUUUUGAAAAACCCUAACUUAACUCUGGUGCCGUGUCACAUAUAGAAAUUUUUUAUUUGCAACCAUAGUAA